AUGAGUUUUCUGAACAAUGAGUCUGUAAUAAUUGAACAAAAUCUUCCUUAAGAUAUAUAAGAAUCAUUUGCAAUAAUAACUACACAUGUCGGAGUUCCGAAAGUAAUUGAGGAUUACUCCUAAAUUCCUGAAAUUAUAUAAUUAAAAUCUGGGCUUAUGUAUUCAGAAUAGCACCGGUUAAUGUAAUUUCAUAGGGUCUAACCUCAACUUUCGUUUUUGUAAGGAUAGGAAGAUAAAAGUGUAAUUUUAUAACAUGAUCAAAUUCGAGGAUUGAAUUCUGAGAGAACUGAAAAUAAUGCAACAUUGACAUCCGCCAUCAUGUAAUCUGGAUUGUUCACCCACGAAAACUUUAGUCAACAACAUGAAGGAUUUAUUUUGAAAAAAACAAAAAAAUUAUUUCAACCCUUCAAAUAGAUAUAUUGUCAUUUUUAGGAUGGAAUUUUAAGUUUUUAUUAAGAUUAGUAAAAAUAAAAAGCUAGUUUCAUACUCAAUUUGGGUCUCUUUUAUUUCUAAUAUUAUAACAAACCAAUUGUAAACAACGAAAUAUUUGAGUUUGGUUUAAAGUGUAAGAAUGACAAUAAAAUAUUUCAGUUUAAAGGACUUACUAGUAAUUCAUGGUUUUAUUUGAUCAAAAAAUUCAUAGAUAAUGUUCGCAAUAAGCCAAUAGUAUAGUUCUAUUUGAACCCAUUUCCCCAAUAUUAUAAAAAACGAUUAAUAACAAAUGAUUAAUUUCAACAAAUGAGUUAAACUGGGGAUAUUCUUCUAUUUCAAACCAAAUCUUGCAGUUCUAAACUACAAAGAUUGUUAACUAGAUCAAAUUAUGUAGAUCAUGUUGCCAUGAUAUUAAAAUAUUAGUCUGGUUCUAUUUAUAUUUUAGAAGCAACUGAUUAGAAUGGAGUGGGAAUAUUUGACUGGAAUUCCAUGACUAACUAAUUAUGGUAUGAAUUAUACUCAAUGGUUGUAUAUCGAUAGCUUCAAUUAAAAAGGAAUAUUGAUUUUUUAUUAUAAAUUGAAAAAUUUGUCAAAGAAAACGUGGGCAGAUAAUAUCAAUUAAGCUUUACAAAACUGUUGCAAGAUAAAUCUACAAUUGUUACUUCAUAAAAUUAACAUGAAGAUCCAACUUAUUUUUGUUCUUAACUAAUUGCAAAGAUUUACAAAUAAAUUGGAUUACUAAACUAGGAUAAAUCAGCUAACUAGUAUUGGCCUGGAUCCUUUUCUAAUGAAAAAGAGGACAUCUAACUUAAGAACUGUUCUCUCUCAGAUGAAUAUCUUAUUGGAUUUAAUAUGUGA